AUGCUUUGGGUAACUAAGCAUUUCACAUUCUCCAGCCCUGGAAUCAUUUGGAAGAUUUUCUUUGUGUCUCUGUACUACGGCAAGCUUUCUGUCUUGAGUAAACUCGAGACGAAAAUGGAAAAGCAUAUAUUGGUGGAAAACUAUGCAAACCAUGUCUGUGACUUACCAGAGGAAAAAGAAGCAUUUUCUCAUAGUUAUGAAAGGGAACACAAACACCCUAGACAUGAGUUUAAAGAGCUCCAACUCAAACCAGAAAUGCAAACAAAGGAAGUUGAAAUGUAUCAAGAAGACUUGUCUACAGUGGCUCUGAGCAGCCCCCAUGAACAGAUCACACCCUUAAUCAUGGAAAGAAGUACACUCUUGAGAAAACUGGAACUUGGGAACCCCAAGCCAGAACCACAAAGAUGUCUGAGCCAUAACCUGCAGAAAGGUUUUCCCCAGGAGAAACUUGAACAAACCCACCAGCCUCUGCAAAAGGAACAUCAGAAACAUCAAGGACCUGUGCAUCAGUCUAAAAAAAGUCUGAGUGAAUCCCAUAAUGAAGAUCCAGAAAAAGAUAAAACACCACAAAACUGCAGAGAGAGAGAUUUGGAGCAAGUAGCACGGAAGCUAGAGAUGGCCCAUGAAGAUAUCCGAAGGCUCACCGAUGAACUGCAAGGGAAGGAGAAGGUACAGAGUAAAUUAGAUUCUGCACUUGAGAAGGCUCAACUAGAAAUUGAGAAAUUGAAAGAAAAUUUGAUAAAGCUGAAAGAAAAUGACUCAAUUGACCUACAGAAAGCAAAGGAACAUAAUCAGAGACUGGAUGAGGAAAUUCUGGCUCUAAGAAAUCGGGUUCGAUCACUUGACUCAGAAAAAAAAGUACUUGGAGAAGAGGUUGAACGACUUAAAAGAGGAACGUGUGACUCUCAACAGAAUAAGCAUCUUGGAAACCACUCUCCUGGAAAAACUGUGGGUACUGAACAGAAAGUAGAGAUAUUGAAAAUGAGCCAAGAAAAAAUUGAAAUAUUUGAAACUGAGUUGUCAGAAGAGAGAGAAAGAAAAAAGCAGUUGACAGCUAAUCUUAAUACUGAGCAGAGAGCUUUGGAAGUUGAAAGUGAGGAAUUGCAAAAAUCAAAGUCAGAACUUACAUACCUUUGUCAUGAAAUUCGAAGUCUUCCAGGUGCAGCAGAACACAGAGACCAUUUGUUAAUAGCACAUGACCUGCUACAAAGAGAGAAUUCUGAAUUAGAAACAAAGGUCUUGAUGCUUUUACAAGAAUUUGAGCAAUUAAAUCAUUUUACUGUAGGGAAAAAAACUGCAGCUGCUAAUUUAAUUACAAGUGAAAAUACCUGUAAAGAUCUUGUGCCUAAAGUACCAAUUUUGGGAGUAGAUAUUCAAAGCCUGAAGGAAGAGGAAGAGGAACUCUGUCCCGAACUAGGAGAAAAUAAGCAGAAGGAAGUUCCAGAGAAGGCAGUAAAGGAGGGCACUUUUCCAAGAGAGGGACAGAAGGAGGAGGACUCACAGCAGAACCAAGAAAUGACAGACGAAGAACAGCAGUUGACCUUGCAGCCUGAGGAAGUUAUGAGGCUCAGAGAAGAGCUGAGCCUUAUGAAUCAGAGCCUUCUUCAGUCUCAGAGCUCUGGGGAUACCUCAGAAGACAGUAGUGCCCAGUAUCCAUCAUCUGGAGAAAAACUGAAAUACCAGCAAGAGGAGGUACAACAACUUCACCAGAAUUUGCACCGGCUCCAGACUCUAUGCAGUUCAGCAGAAAAAGAGCUUCGAUAUGAGCGAGGAAAGAACUACGACUUAAAGAAACAUAAUAGCUUACUUCAGGAAGAAAGCAUUAAGAUCAAAAUUGAACUCAAGCAGGCCCAGGAAAAGUUAUUAGACAGCUCAAAGAUGUGCUGUUCACUCACGGCUGAGUGGAAGCACUGUCAGCAGAAAAUGAGGGAGCUGGAGCUGGAAGUACUUAAACAGGCUCAGAGCAUUAAAUCACAGAACAACCUACAGGAAAUGCUGGCUCAGGAGAAAUCUAAAGUUGCUGAUGCAGAGGACAAGAUUUUGGAUCUGCAGCAGAAGUUAGAACAUGCUCAUAAAGUCAAUCUGACAGACACUUGUAUUUUGGAAAAGAAGCAAUUAGAGGAAAGGAUAAAAGAAGCAAUAGAAAAUGAAGCUAAAAUAAAGCAACAGUAUCAGGAAGAACAACAGAAGAGGAAACUCCUAGAUCAGAAUAUGAAUGAGCUACAGAAGCAAGUGAAAAUCUUACAGGAAAAAGAGAGUCUACUGGAAAUGACCAGUUCUCAGCAACAAAUCAAACUUCAGCAACAAAAGGCCCAACUUAAAGAACUGGAAAAUGAAAAAAGAAAAUCUGAUGAGCAUCUCAAGAGCAACCAGGAAUUGUCAAAGAAGCUGUCUGUGUUGCAGCAGGAGAAGGAAGCUCUAUGUGAAGAAAAUGAGCACCUUUUGAAGCAGUUUGAUCUCUAUAUGAGAAACUAUAAUCAGAAAUAUCAGUACUACAAAGUCAAGCUGCACAGAGUCAAGGAUCGUUUAGUUGAUGAAGUAGAACUCCGAGAUGAGAGAAUCAAACAACUCGAAAAUGAGGUUGGAGCCCUGCGGCAGCAAAUGGAAAAGGAAAAGGCAUUCCAGCACCAAAUCACCACCCAAAAUGAUAUCCUGCUUCUAGAAAAAAGGAAACUUCUGGAGCAGGUCACAGAACAAGAAACAUUGAUUAACAGCAACAAGUGGAUGAUAUCUUCUGUCCAGAGCAGAGUACUUGUCCUGGAUGAAGAAAAUAAGCAGCUACAGAAAAACAGUCUCCAGCUGACACAGGAGGUUGAUCUCCUAGAGCAUAUCAUAAAGAGCAUCCAGAUCCACAGAGGGGAGGAAACAACAGUUUGUGACAUCUGUGAAUCUGAAGUAUUGAAUAAAAUCAUGUACUUACCAAACUCCAGUUUUUCAGGAAUGGGUUCGGUAGAGCCCGCUGGAAGUCUUGAAGAGACUGAAGAACAGAGGUUAGAAGAAACAGUGGCAGACCCCAAGUCCCUCAAGUCCCUUUCCUGUUCACAGAAUUCUGAAGCUGGAUACAUAAACAUGGCUUCUGUGAAAGAAACACAUCUCAUUCAAAAAUAA